UCAUUCGUAUUUUCGCUUCUUAACGUGGGUCAUUUGUGAUAAACUGAUUAGGACCCGGAUAGUGGGGUGAGAUACUCGAGAAGCUGUGCUGUCGCGUCGCGUUUCCCGGUAGCCUCUGAACCUCGACCUCGAAGCAUUAUCUGCGAGAUCAACCACUUUAUUCCCCGCUCGCAACCUUUCAAAAUGUCGAAGAAGCAAGUAAAGGGCGAGUACAUUGAAACCGACACCGGAAAUAAAGUGUCGCGAAAGGCCGUUUUGAUUGGAACACAACACAUCAUGCUAGGCGGCAAGACGGUCAUCCAAGCCGAAGCCACGAUACGAGGCGACUUGGCUAGAACCGCCCAACCAACUUCGAGCUCGGGCGCUGCCGCUCCGGGUAGCAACACCGCCGUAGCUAUCGGUCGAUACUGUUAUCUGAGCAAAGGAUGUUGUCUACGUCCGCCAGGUCGUAUAUACAAAGGGUCCUUCACCUUCCUCCCUCUCCGACUUGGCGAUCAUGUUUUCAUCGGCGAUAGCACCGUAGUCCAAGCGGCCACCGUCGGAAGCCACGUAUAUAUUGGCCAGAACGUCGUCGUCGGAGAGUUCGCCAUCAUCAAAGACUAUGUUCGCAUCCUGGACGGCACUGUCAUACCUCCCAACAUGGUCAUACCGAGCUUCAGCGUCGUUGCUGGUCAGCCCGCUCGAGUGGUCGGUGAGGUGCCCGAAGGCGGCCACGAGGCGUUCGAGCUCAGAGACUUGUACAAGACGGUGGGAAAUAACCCGCAACCGAUGGCUGUGUAAUAUUU